AUUUUUGGAAAUUUCAUGCAUCGGAAUAAUUUUAUUUAAGCACAAAAGCAGACUAAUUAAACAACAACAAUAAGUUUUUCAUACAUUGGCUAUUGUGCUUUAACGUGUUCUCUUGUUUACCAAUUGUACUGUGCUGUUGUGUCUCUGUUGUUUUUUGCGCAUUACUUACUAAAGCAUCAAAUUGGCUCCACCAACGAAUCUUACUUAUAACAUAUCUGCCAUGUCUCAACAUGGCAGCCAAAAUGGAAAUUUAAAUACUAAGCAUACGCAAAAUAGCGAUCAGAUGACAAUUGGCGAUUUUUUUGCGUACAAAAAUGUCUUCAUCACAGGCGGUACUGGAUUUUUAGGUACCGUACUAAUUGAGGCGUUGCUUGGUACCAGCCCAGAUAUUGGUAAAAUUUACGUCUUAGUAAGAAGUAAAAAGAAUAUCGAUCCACAAGAACGUAUCAAAAGGAUUCUACAGAAACAGCUUUUUGAAAAACAUGAUGACAACACUUUGAAGAAAAUUGUUCCAGUGGUGGGUGAAAUUGGCGAAGCGAAUUUCGGUUUCACAAACGAUCUCUUCACCGAACUAAUUGACAAGGUUCAUGUUAUAUAUCAUAUCGCUGCCACAAUUAAAUUUAGCUCGCCGUUGCGUACGGCUAUCAAAACAAAUGUGACUGGCACUAUGCAUACAAUUGAAUUUGCAAAGAAAGUAAAAAAUCUGGCCGCUUAUGUCUAUUAUUCAACAGCUUUCUGUAACAGUAAUAAUCGUGGUUUAAUAUUAGAGAGAGUUUAUAAAUCGAAAUUUGAUCCGUAUGAUAUGUUGAAAUGGGCUGAAGAUGAUAACGCUUGGCUAGAUUUCAACGAGGAUAAAUGUAAAGCAACAAUUAUGGAUCAUCCGAAUACGUAUACGUUCACCAAAAAUUUGGCUGAAAAUUUACUAAUGGCAGAAAUGAAAAAUAUGCCGGUUGCUAUAGUAAGGCCAUCAGUAGUUUAUGGGACCUGGGAGAGACCAUUGCCCGGUUGGGUUGGUAAUGCUAACUCGGGACAUUUAGGUUUUAUGGCUGGAUUUGUAAAGGGCGUUUUCCGUGCAAUGCGGGGCAGCCAGACGGCCAUUAUUGAUGUUAUACCCUGCGAUUACGUAAUCAACUCGUCAUUAGUAAUGGCGUGGUAUGUGGCCACAAGACAUAUCGAACAACCCGAAGUAAUACAUUGCACUGCGGGUGAAGUGAAUCCGAUGACAUGCGGGCAAUUUUGUGAUUAUCUUAACGAUAGUGUAAAACGUCAUCCACCAGAUAAUUUUGUAUGGAAACCUAUCGCUAGACUGCGCAGUGGUUGGCGUUACAAUUUAUCCUUCUAUUUGUUUCAUUUGUUACCUGCCAUGAUAGUUUUAAUACCAGAAAAACUUUUCUCAUUAGGAAUGCCACAUCAUACUCUCUUCGACUAUAUGCAUGUAUUUAAAAAAGGAAGCGGAUUUUUCGAUUAUUUUCUACACAACGAUUUUCGUUACGAUAUGAAGAAUGCUUUACGUAUCAAUAGUGUAAUACCUGAGAAGGAUCGUUUACGUUACAAUUUUGAUGCUAGUCAAUGCAAUUGGUCGGAAUUUAUAGAUCGUAUCAUAAUCGGUAUACGACGUUUCUACUUCAAAGAAGCCGUCGUCACCACCAGCUGGCAUCGCAACUACUGGAAAUUCUAUAAUGUACUCUAUUAUGCCGGUUACGUGUUUUUAUUUAUUAUUCUACUUGUACUGAUGACGUCAUGGUUUCAAUUGAACAUUGCUUUUACUAUAACCGCAAUAAUCUGGGGUUUCCUUGUUUGGUUGUAAUAUUAAAAAAACGUAUUUUUUUUUUUCUUUCAUUCUUCGUUUUAGUUUUA